AUGAAAGCUGAUCAGAAAAAUUACGCCUGUGUUGCCGAUUGUGGAAAAAUUAAUCCCGGAAGUAAAGCUGUUGUGAAAAACAAUGAUAAUCACGUCGUACUGGAUUUAUUCAAUUAUAAACAAAAGAAGAAACGAGAUGACAAGAAUAUUAACCUUCCAAUUAGAAUAUCUAAUAUAAUUAGUCUGGGUGAAGUAGUUCACAAUAAGCCGUUAGAACCAAUACAACAUAGUCCUAUAAAUGUUAAACCAAACGUGGGUGUCCUUCACGCCCAUUCCUAUAUUUUAGUCCAAGUCAGAAAUGACAAGAAUAAAUCUGACGUUAACGCUCUUAUACAUAAAGUUGUAACGAGAAAUUUCGGAAAGCAGUUACCCAAAGUCAAGGACGAUUUGAAACUUGAUCUAUUGGAACCCAAAGAAGUGACAAGAGCUGAAAAUUUAAAAGAUCUUAUUGUUAAUUUCUUUAAAACAAUGUCUGAUUCACCAAAUUAUCGUUCUAGAACAUAUAUUAGUCUGUAUGUCGAUAAUUUUGAGAAUGUGGAGAUAUCACAGCCCUCAGCGUUCUUCCUAAGCCAUUGUCACACAGACCACAUGCAAGGAUUGCACUCAAAGUCAUUAUUAAAUUAUUUGAUAAGUAACAAUGUCCAUAUCUACACUACAGAACUAUCUGCUGCUAUUAUAAAUCAUGAAAAGACAGACAAUAGAAUUAUGGAUUAUGUUAAAGUAUUAAGACUGGGCUCUUCUCUUAUAUCCUUACCAAGCGCCAAAGGACCUACACUCCUGACAGUCACCCUAAUACCAGCUGGACACAGCGUAGGUGCUGUAAUGUUCCUCUUCAGAACCAUAAACAAAUCAAUCUUAUUCACUGGAGACUUCAGGAUAAACCCAAACGAUAUACAAUCAUAUGCAGGAUUCCACGAGAGCGAAAAGCCGAUACAAAUAAACACUAUGUACAUAGACACUACGUUUAUACACUCAGCUUAUGAGAGAUUUCCGAAGCGAUCAGAGAGUAUAGAGCUAAUGAUCAAGGAGGUAGAUGCGAAUUUGUCUAUGGGUAGAGGUGUCGCGUUGCAUACGUCAGCUAAAUAUGGCUACGAGUUUGUUUUUAAUGAGAUUUAUAAGCGGUUAGGACUAAAGGUGUAUGUUAACGAAGAGAGGUGGCGGUUUUAUAGAACAAUACAGCAUUUAGUUCCGAGCGUGACGAACAACCAACGCGAGACGAAAAUACACCUCUGCACGAAACGCAAUGAAAAAAAUCAUUCAACAUGCAUACCUAACACCUACCCUCACUUCUUGUACGUUCAUCUUUCAGCUAUGAAGUGGACUUAUUAUAAUGUAAAGCCAGUCGACCGCGUGUCGCCGACUAGGCUAGACGUGUGCUUCGCUACCCACUGCAGUAGAUGGGAAUUAUUGAGUUUUGUGGACUAUUUCAAACCGGAUAGAGUUUUAGGUUUUCCCAACGCCUUUGAAAACGGUUUGAAGAGAACUAUUGAUAGUGAAACUAAAAAAGUGAGGGUAGAUCGAAAAUUAGAUAAGAAAAGAGCUGAUACUCACAGCCAAAACCCAAACUACAUCAGGGAUAGACUUGGAAAUGAAAUCUGGAAACCCAUGAUGAAUGAAUCUUGGACGAGCCGCUUCAAGCAGCCAUUCAAUCCAGCGUGGAUGGACUGGUGCGAUCCGUACCACUGCAAUGAUUACCAUAAAAUCGUCUGCGGUCUGAACAGACGGACAGACCGUUUCAGAUGGUUUCAGAGCGGCUGUCAUUUGGUAUUGAGUAAUCUCUGCUCAACUUACCGAGGAAGUCUUAAAUACGAUAUUGUAGAUAACAAAUAUUGUUCGAUGUAUGUAAUGUUCUUGCGUCUCGGCUGUCCGUCCGUGUGUCCAUCCAAAGUGGACCCUACUUGUGGUGUCAGUCUAUUGGAUAAUCACGUUGUGCUGUUCCAAAAUCGGUGCGCUUUUGAACGGAGGAAUUGUGAGGGUGGCGUUGUGGAAGGAAAAGAUGAGUGUAGUCAAUCAAGAAAAUCAACUCUUCCUCUACACGACAGAAUAAAAGCGCUCAGGAAUCGGCUUAAGGACGAAAUAAAACAACAGAUCUUCGAAAACGAAGAUAUAAACGAUAGAUUCUCGUUUGCUAACGAAAACUACGAUUUUAUUGAACAAAAUGGCGCCGAUGGUGCUAAAAUAACUCCCAUCAUGGAUGCGAAACUUCGUAAGCGGCGUAAGAAGAAAAGCGGAAACGUCACUUUUGGCGCUCAAACUGAACGCAUGACAGGAAAUGUCACAGAUAAACCCGAAAUAUCGAAGAAGCACAGACUAUUGCGUUCAAAGAUUAAAAAGAAAAGAGCCAAGCAACCCUUGGACAUAUUCUACAGGCGCGAGUUCAAAGAUGAAUUGGUGCAUGAACCGCUACCCUGGGCGCACUGUCACUUUAUUAUAAUGCCGUAUCUGAUGGGAAUUAAGACAGAAAUAACCACAAACAAGGAUAAGCAGCACAACUUUCGUACGCUGAAACACAGCAUCCAGGCCCUGUUUGCUGAAUGGAAACUGGAUAUCAGCAAUGCGUCAAGCCUACUGAAACAAACGCGCGUCUUUCGGCCACCCUGCGUGAGAGUUUCUGAUAUGGACGGAUCGACGCAAGCGCCGAAAGUAACGUUGUACCCAAAGAAGACUCAGCCCACGAAGUGCCACAAAGCUUACGAUGAUGAUGAAAUAUCUGGAGAAUAA